UAAAUGUUUUAAUAACACACGAUUUAGGUAACACAACGCUGUUUAUUUUCCUGAUUUUUGGGGGGCGUAAAAAAAAUUAUUUUGUGUUGUGGACGCAGCGCACCCAGAAAGCCUUUCGCGUCGCCCGCCCCUGUCACGUGACGCAGGGAUUUAUUUUAACCUCGAGCCAAAGGCGGCAAAAAAAUACCCGGAGGAAGAGAGCGCGAGUGUCGGCGGUUGGAGCGUCUGCCUCCCGGAGACGGCUGUGUCUGUGCUGCAUACACUCAUCUACCCCCUGGGGGGGGAAAUUAAUACGGACUGGAGUUUUAACAAUGACCACCAAUACGAAGCACACACUUGAUGUCAAUAAACGUACUCAAACCAUAAAGAGUUUCUUUACUAGCGGAGCUACAAGUAACACAACGGUGAGGCGAACUUUACAAGUGAUUCAGCCGCUUGCUACUUCAGAUCAACUUGUUGGCAGGCUAAAUGAGUCCUACAAGCACACUCCCAAAAGAAAACACUGGAAUGAUGAUCAACCAAAGAACUGCAAGAAAUCGCGCACACAGAUUGCUCAAGAUAACACAGAAUGCAGUGAUGAGAAUUCAGAAAGUCAAGCCAUGACAAAAGAAGCAUAUCAACUUCUAGUUAAAACUAAUCCAAGUUCCAUCUACUGGAAGGAGUUGGCAGAAGAGCGAAGGAAAGCCCUGUUCAAAGUUUUACAAGAAAAUGAAAAGCUGCAUAAAGAAAUUGAACAUAAAGAUGAAGACAUUUUGAAGUUACAGAAAGAGAACCAGGAGCUUGCAGAGUUAGCAGAGCAUGUGCAGUAUAUGGCUGAUCUGAUUGAGAAGCUAACUGCACAGAGUGCUGAUGACCAGGAAGCUGUGCCAGAGCAGGAAGUUGAGCCAGAGCAGGCUACAGAAGGAGCACCUCUCGAUGAGAAUUCUGAGAUCGUGUCUGAAAAAGAAGAUUAGAUAUAUUAUUCUAGACUGCUUUAAAAAGCUGCUGACGCCAAAGGGGAGGGAGACUUAUUUCCCCUGCAUACAGUGCUGCAAAGAACUGCCAGUUAUCUGAACUGCCAUCCUGUCUUUAGUACGAGUGGUCUUAUGGAAUGUUUCAUGCAUAUUUUGAUAAUUGCAUGUUUAAAAUAUUCCUUUUUGUAUAAGGAACUAUAAUUAGGUAGUCAAUAAAAUUGAUGGACAAGGUUUUGUCUUUUUUUGGCAUGUAAAUGCAUUCCAGGAAGAUGUAUAUUUAAGAAUUUAUGCUUUUGUUCUCAUUUUAGUGUAUACACCAUUUUGUGUAAUAAAUUACUACUUAAAAGUUUU